CAACAACUUUGGCACAUCGACGCGAAAGAAACUGUUGAUACCAUCGUUGAUUGAUCUUUCGCCUCUAUCAGAGCUGUCGAAGCUAUCGGUUUCAAAGCUACUAGUAUGGCCAGGGGCUACCGGUAUCUAUCAAUCUUAGUAAUAACAGGGUUCUGGUACGACUCAUCGACAAGAACGUCGUCAGUGGCAGGACUGUACUGAAGCAUUGCUGUGUCUUGAUGUCCCCCAUCUACUGGCACCACGACAAACCAGAAUCAGCAGCCCUGGGUUUAGCGGGUGGAACAGCAUCAGCCAUUUUGAUCCAAACAUUGGCCACUCUUUGCUUUUUCUUGGCUGCGGUGUUUGUUGUCAUGACUAGCAGUAGCAGUGUAAUCAGUGGUACCAUCGUAACCAACAGCAGCAACAAUAAAGGGAAGAUGAGCAUGAGCAUCAUGGCAGUGGUGAGAAUUGCCAUUGUGGGAUCUCUCCUGAUGCUCUGCCCUUUGCUAAGUUCUGUGUAUCAGACCCAAAAUUGCACGAUGCAACUGAGGCAAGGUGUUGGCACGGGUGAAUUCGAUCUACCCCAAAUGGCUGCUUCCCUUGGUCUGUCUUCUGGCGGCAGUAAAGACACUGUGGUACUUUCCAAUGCAAAGGCAACCAAGAUCAAUGAUGAGGAUGAGACCACCAAACGGGAUCGCAUCCCACAAGGAAAUGAGACCAUAACCACCAAACCCACCAGAGUUGGUUCUGGGAAAAAGACUGGAGGUAUCAACGCCAAAUAUCAUUACUCCUGUCACCUGCAGACAAAACCACAGCACCACAAAACACUGGCCCGUAUUAUUCUCCUGCAACGAGAUGGCCGGCGCCAAUUACGAGACUUUGUCACACAUUACACUCGUGUACUACCCUACAAUUCGCUGGUUAUUAUGGAUCAUGAAGGCAAUGAUAAUUAUACCAAAUCCUUACUUCAAGACUAUGGUGAACUGGGUGCUCAUAUUUGGCGUUGCGAAGGUUCUUUCAAGGCCAAAGCUGCCAUGUGGUCACAAGUGACACAAAUCUAUGCACAGGAUUCUGGAUUUGUCUUCCCAGUGGAUGUGGAUGAAUUACUGGCAGUAAAACAAAAAGAUGGCCAUGGGCUACAAUGGUCCAGCAAGGCCCUCAAAGAUGCAUUGGGAUCCCUUGGCAAGUCAGGGAAACCCUACAAGAUGAAUUGGAUUGAAAGUGUUCCCUCGGAAUGCCAUGUACACAUGACCAAUGUCCAACUAAGAAAGCCGAGAGAAGGCAUGCAUGCAUCAGAAAUGUGUGACAUUCAAUUUGUCAAAACCAAAGAGAUUGGAUGCAUGGACAAGACGUUUUCCCGAGGGGCUCAAUUUCACAAGACCGACACUGGAAAUCACUAUGGAGGUACUCGUAGAUUUCCUGAUUUGAGCAAGGCACUUUGUGAGGAAAAGGGACUGACCAAUGUUUAUGAGAUUUCAACUUUGGCAUUGAUACACUUGAAAGAAAAGACAUUUGAAGAUUGGUUGGUACAUGGUAUGCGUGGAGCUACUGAUCGAGGCUUUAAUCGCAAUAUGGAUAUUGACUGUGAUAAAGUGCAACAAUCAUUGCACUACUGCAAAAAGUGGGAAAAGAUAACGAAAGCAAGAUUCUCCCCUUAUGAAUUGCGCAAAGUGUAUGUUGACGAUGUGUGUCCCCAAACUGAGGAUGUACUAAUGCCUGUUCAUGAUACGUUUUGCUUUGCCUGAGGAGGAGAGGCAUACUUGGAACAAGCGAGGAGCCAGCUAUGUCGUUCACGCCAAACCGAACUGGAUGUUCGGCUUUCUCUGCCGCAAUCCACAACUGACAUUACCAUCGCGCAUGCAAAAACGGUGAUUAAAUCGGAUUCGCUCCGAGAAGGAUGGGUUGGGAAGAUUCACCAGGGACAGAGAGAUAAGAUGGAGACGGCAUUUGACUUGGGCGCUUACUCCAAGCGUUCAAAUCUAUAUUCUUAUCUUGAAGUUGCUGUGCACAGGGAAGGUAAACAAGCCAACUAGCUAGUGUUAAGAACUUUCACACGGUAGUUUGAUCCAUACCCCGUACGGUACUCUUCGAACACGGACGGGACACAUCUAUGUAGCGCACUUCCAUCCA